UUAUGAAAGUCAGAUUAAAAUUUGUAAAUUGAUUAAUUUUAUGCACCUUUAUUGCACCAUUUCUAUUUAUUAAAUGCAAGAAAACAUUUUGAAAACAUUUUCAAUUACCUUUCAUACAGAUGGCAGAGAUCUGGAUAGAAGAUCCCGAUGGCAGGAGAGUAUCUCAGUGGAAAAAUGUCACAUUUGAAACAAGUAUGCUACAGUUGGAACUGCCUCUACCUGAGAAACCAUUAUUUGGAAUCUGGACUAUUAUGUGUUUAAUCAAUAAUAUAACUAGCAUGCAGAAUUUUAAAGUAGGAGAUUACGUUCUACCAAAUUUCGAAGUGAAAAUUAAAUCUCCUUAUGUGUUGGACACAUCAGAAGAAAUUUCUAUAGAAAUAUGUGCAUGGUAUACUUACGGCAAAAAGGUUAAAGGAUUACUGAGAGCUAAUGUUACAGUUAAAACGCCAUGGACAACACUUAAGCCAACAGAAUUUUCAAAGAAGAUUUCAGGCUGUAUUCCAGUUGUAGUCAAACGGAAGGAUUUAUCUUCGGGUCCCUUUAUAUUUCCUUCUCGAUUCAGUACUCUUGAGGUAAACGCAGAAGUUGUAGAAAAAGGAACAGGAAUGAUAGUCAACAAAACAAUCGAAAUUGAAUCUGAAGUCCUGCUUGAACCAUUUAAACUCAAAUUUUUGAACGCUGUAGAAGACAAGGAUUACUUCAAACCUGGAAUACCUUAUUCCGGUGCAAUGCUAGUGCAAACUAACAACGGCACACCUGCCGCAUCAGUAAAAGUUACGAUAUGUGGAGCAGAAAGGCAAUGUCCUACGUUCAUUUCGGAUAAGAAUGGCAUAAUUCGUUUCACUUUCAAUCCCAUUAAUGAGACUAUAUAUUCAGUAGAUAUUACGGCGAAAGUUGUGGAUCCAUUGCAUAAAUUCCAUUGGCUUUACAGAAGUGUACAGACAAGACUUUCUCUUAUUACAUGGUAUUCUCCUUCUAAAAGCUAUAUCCAAAUAGAGCCUAUCACCGAGGAACUCGAGUGCGGGAAAGUUCAAAGUGUCACAAUACGCUAUACCGCAAAGGAAGGAGAUUCAUUUCAGUUCCACCAUCAGAUCCUUUCAAGAGGUCGAAUUGUGCAACAGGAUUCUCAUCCUCGAAGAUUUUACUCUAAAGAUGACGCGCUCUUAAAUCACAGCUCGAUUUUAUUGCCAAAUGUUAGAGAAUUUGCGCUCACUUUCAAUCUAAUAGCCAGUAUGUCACCUAUAGCUCGACUGCUUGUCUUCUACGUACGGGAAGAUGGAGAAAUAGUUGCUGACUCAAAGAUGUUUCGCACCCAGAAAUGUUGGGAAAAUAAAGUGAAACUCGGCCUGUAUCACCCACAGCAGUCUCAGAGAAAUGAAGAUGCUAAAGCUACGGUGAUGCUAUCUGCCAGUCCUUCUUCCAUCUGCAGUGUUGGCUUGGUGGACAAAAGACUUCAGUUGUUUGGCGAAGAAGAGCGAUUCAGUAAAGAUAAGUUAUUCAAAUGGUUGGAAAAGCACGAUGUCAGCUCGUCUACGGAACCUCGAAGACUCAGGGAAAACAUAUGUGAGCUACACUAUCCAGUAUCAGGCAUUAGACCUCACAUUAGUCUUACUCUGAGAAACUUUGAAGAAUUCUAUAACACCUUUGGAUUCGAAGAUGAGCGUGCCGAUUCAGUCGAUGCUUUCGAGAGAGCUGGGACGAUGGUGAUAAGCGAUUUAAGACUUGAAACUCGACCAUGCAUGAAUGAAAUAGAAAAAGUAACUUCGGAAGAACGAGAGCAAUCAGAUUCCCUAGAAUACGGCUAUUUUUCUUCGCAUCGUGAUAUGCAUCUUUAUGGAGGAAUUUCACAGCAAAGAUUAAUUUUUCCUCGUGAAGACGUUGAAGAACUAUCUGACAACAAAAUUUCUGGAUCAACUCCUAUUUCAGCAGAAGAAAUACGAAGUUAUUUUCCAGAAACAUGGUUAUGGGAGCUACAUACAAUUGAUUCGAAAGGUGAAACGAUCGUGAAACGGCAGCUACCUCAUACCAUAACAGAAUGGGUAGGAGAAGCAAUGUGCAUCCAUUCCAACACUGGUCUAGGCUUUUCGGAAACAAGCAGUAUUAUUACCUUUCAACCAUUUUUCGUCUCUAUGCAGUUGCCGGAUUCUGUAAUCAGAUACGAAAUAGUGCCUAUUUCCGUGUAUGUUAUCAGUCAUUUGACAGAGUGCCUGCCGAUCAAAAUAUUUUUGGAGUCAAGUGAGGAUUACAAAUUCACUCCUGAGUAUCCAUCAUACAAGAUGUGUGUUUGCAAUAGUGACUUUCAUCUCUUUAUGGUGCAUUUCGUAAGUUUAGGCAAGGUGAACAUUACAGCAUACGCAUUUUCAAUCGAAGAUGAUGAAAUUUGCGGCAAUAAAGCCACUGCAAGAUUUAGUGCCAGCGAUGCCAUCAUGAAGCAGCUUGACGUUAAGGCAAAAGAAGAAACCUAUUAUUCUACCUGCCCUAAAGAUGUAUGUGGUUGCAUUUUGCAAGGAAAUAAUGGCAAUAUCACCAGCCCUUCUUAUCCUGAUCGCUAUCCACCUAACCAGAAUUGUGUCUGGGAGAUAUUGGCACCACCCCGCUUCACCGUUAUUCUAAAUUUCACUCACUUCAAUCUGGAAGGAUCCUCUUCGGAUGGUUGUCUUUACGACAAAGUAGAGAUACAUAGUCGAACAUCAGUGGAAAAUGAUCAGAAGCUAGAAGGGAUCUAUUGUGGAACGGAUCGGCCACCAGUUUUGAGAUCUAAGAGAAAUGUUCUAAAAAUCACUUUUAAAUCUGACAGGGCUGUGCAAAUGAGAGGGUUCGCUGCUCAGUUUUUCACAGACCUGAAUGAAUGUGACUCAGAAAAUGGCGGCUGUAAGCAAAUUUGCCGGAAUACAGAUGGAAGUUACGAGUGUGCUUGUCACAGUGGUUUUAUACUUCAUCCAAAUAGACAUGAUUGUUUAGACGUUAAUGAAUGCGCUACAGAAAAUGGUGGAUGCCAACAUAUUUGCGAAAACAAACCUGGUAGUUUUCAGUGCUCGUGUCGUGAUGGAUUUGAAUUGCUUCCGAAUGAACGUGAUUGCAAAGAUCUCAAUGAAUGUGCCUAUGAUAAUGGUGGCUGCCAGCACAUUUGUGAGAACGUUGUUGGAAGUUACCUGUGUUCUUGUCACGAAGGAUUUUCUCUUCUCCCUAAUGAACAUGAUUGCAAAAAAGAAACUUGUGUGCAUCAUAUGACGUCCACUGAGGGAGUUGUAUCAAGUCCGAAUUACAUAAACUAUUAUCCGAGGAGGACGGCAUGUGCUUGGAAGUUUGAAACUGCUCCAGGACACAGAAUUAAGCUGGUUUUUGAAAUUUUUGAAGUAGAAGCAGAUGAAGAUUGCGUGAUGCUUUACAUUGGAAAUUCCUCAAAUUCACCACUGAUGGACAGGUUCUGUGGAAACAGCGAACCUUAUGAAUUCAUAUCGCCUUCCCAUACACUGUUCAUGUCAUUCCAGUCGCCUGCAGCUACAUGGAAGACUCGUUUCCAGGCCACAUACUCGUCUGUGUGCGGAGGGCAUCUGGCUGCUGGGGAAGAUCCAUCAUUUCUUUAUUCCCAUGUUAAAUACGGAGAGCAAAAUUACGGCAACCAUGUAGUCUGCAACUGGCUUAUUACAUCAUCUAAAAUCAGAAGGGUCUGGAUUACAUUUAAGACCUUCGAUUUGGAGCAAGAUGGGGACUGCGAAAAAGACUACAUUGAUAUAUUCGAUGGAUUCACUGAAACCAGUUCGAAACUUGCGACGUUCUGCGGCUCUGAGAUUCCCCCGGAUAUACAUUCCACUGGAGAUGGUAUCUUAAUCCGUUUCCACUCUAACUAUGCUAUUACUGGACGAGGAUUUGCUUUGACUUACGAAGAGAUCUUUGACUGAUUACCUUCAAUGAAAAUUUCUUCUGGAAAAACAUGCAUAUAAAUGUCCCAUACUCUGCCAUAUAUUCGGAACUACAGGGAUGCAGAAUUACCAAAUUUACCGAAUUCUCUGCCUAUAAGUCUAUAAUAUCGAAAUAAAAUUUUUUACCGUUAUAAACCGUGCUAACGAAUGAAACCAGAUGUAUAUUAUAAUAGUGCAAAUAUAUUUAUUGAAUGGAUAUUUAUCAAAAAAUAAAUUUAUUUCUAACUUAAUUAAA